GUUUAUUGCACAGAGAAUGCAGUCAGACCACAACUCUGGGGUCUCUCCAUACCCCCUCCUCCCAGUGCCAAGGGCCUGGAGGUGCCUCGUUCCCUGGGGCAGCUCUAGCCUUGCUCCCCUGCCCUGGGUGGAGCUUGUUGGGGUAGCUCCCCACCCCCACACUACUGCACUGGCGCAAGGGCUAUGACCCCCAUGUCUGGGGGCUCCUGUCCCUCAGCUCCUGGUGGCAGAAGAAGCUGUCGAUGAGCUGCUGGCGCUGGCACAGCCCCUCGGGGCAGGGGGGGCAGUGGAAAGGGUUUGAGGGGGAUGUGCCUUGGGGGGCCUGCCCUGGAAGCGAGGGUAGGGACAGCCCCUGAGCCACAGCCACGUUGUGCAGGAUGCAGCAGGCGAGGAAGAUGCUGAAGACCUUUGGGGGCAUGUACUGCAGCCCCCCCCGGCCCACCCUAGCGUGCUAGGCACUGGAACUGCCCCUUCAGCCCUCCCCACAGCAGCCCGGGCGGCCACGUGAUAGUGCUGCUCCGCUGCUGAACACUGGGCCUCCGCUGGCACCAGCAGCCAGGGCUGCAGUAGGUAGGGUAGCAAAUCAUACUGUCACCUGCGGAGAGCACGUGCGAUGGGGUUAGGGUUCGUAGAGCGUAAGACUGGAAGGGACCUCAGAAGAUCGUUGGGUCCGGCCCCCUGCACCAAGCAGGGAAGAUAACGGGGGUCAGGUGCCCCAGCAGGGUGACUCCAGUCUUCUCUUGAAGAGGUCCAGGGUGGGGGGUUGCAGUGGGGGCCCCGCCUGUGAAGCAGGCAGUAGGCGUGGUCCCAGUUGGCUCAGGGGGGUGGGGACAGGGCAGGGGCCCAAUCCAGGCAGGCCCCGGGGUAAGACAGGGCAGGGGCCCUGCUCCUGGAACAGCCCCAUCUGGCUGGAGGGAAAAACAAGGCAGGGACCUGGGAAUGCACCUGCUCAGGAGGGGAUCCCGAGCUGGCUCAGGCAGGGUAUCGCAGGGCAGGGCCCCCGGCAUGCCCCCAACCCUCCCCAAGCUGUCUCCCAGCAAAGCCCCCAUAACAGGAGCUUCUACCCUGCCACCGGCGCUAGGCCUCGGCGCGGGGAGGGUCUCCCGGCCUCGCCUAGGAGUCCUUUCCCAUCCACUGGUGGGAGGGACGGCGGCCUGGCCCUGCUCUGGCACGCAGAGCCCACGGCCCCCUACAAGGGGUGCGGGGCACAGCAGGGUGCCUGAGGUGCCUGGGGCUCGCCCGGCAGCCACCCGCCCCGUCGUGGUGCCCCUCGAAGGGGGGGAGGCCAUGGGUGUCCGGCGGCUUCAGGGCCACGUGGGUGCAGCCCAGGGCUCCCCGCACGCCGCGUCGGGAAGCAGACAAAGGCGACGGGCGAGGGCGGCCGUGUCCUGGGACACGCUGGCCUGGCUGGUGCCCGCAUCUGCCCCGGCCCCUGCCCGGUAGGUGCCCACGGUGUGGAAGGCGAGGGCGGCCGCCACCUUGACGCCUGCGGGCAGCGCGUGGCCCAGGUCGGCCGCCACGGCUCAGGGGCCAGGGGGACAGCAGGUACAGUGCAAUGGAGGCCGGAAGUGGGGGUGCGGUGUUCUCUCUGUCCUUCCCUCCCUCCCUCCCUCCUCUGUGCUCCGGGCGGGCUCCUCGGGGCCGGGAUGGGAAGGAGCGGGGGGCACGUUGGCGGGACGGACCAUUUCCUGUGGCCCGGGAACGAAGAGUCCUAGGCAGGGCGGGUGGAGUUGAGGGAGCCCUAUCGGGGACGGACCACUUCCGGCAGGGAAGGCGCGGGAAACACGACUGUCGGGGGACGCCUAUCGCGGACGGGCUACUUCCGGCGGGGAGCGGCUUCCGGGGGAAUCUCAGGGACGGACACUUCCGGCCGCGCGGAACCCGCGCCGGAAUGGAGCCGGAUGUGGAGGCGCUGCCCCGCGGGGGCUUCCGCUGCCGCCUCUGCCACGUGACCGCCGCCAACCGGCCCAGCCUGGACGACCACCUGCGGGGCCGCAAGCACGGGCGGCUGGCGGGGCUGCGGGCCCAGCGCCAGGCCCAGGCGCAGCGCAGCGUCUUCGUCAGCGGCUUCCGCAAGGGCACGGACGUGGCCGAGCUCAGCGACUACUUCCAGGCCUUUGGCGGCGUGGCCAGCGUGGUCAUGGACAAGGACAAGGGCGUCUACGCCAUCGUGGAGCUGGAGGACCAGGCGGCACUGGAAAAGGUCCUGGCCCAGCCUCAGCACAGCGUGGGGGGGCAGCGGCUGCGGGUGAAGCCUCGGGAGCAGAAGGAGUUUGCCUACGCACCCCCCAAGCGGCAGGGGGGCGCCCGCCGCGAGCUGCUGAGUCCCGAGAAGCUGGAGCAGGAGCUGUGCCAGGCCGAGGACGUGGAUGCCCAGAUGCGACGCCUGGUGCAAUUGUUCGAGUUCUCUGAGGACGAGCGCCGCCUGCGACACUUGCUGGUCACCCUCUUCCAGGAGGUCUUCCAGGAGUUCUUGCCUGGCUGCUCCGUCCUCCCCUUUGGCUCAUCCAUCAAUGGGUUCGAUGUCCAUGGCUGUGAUCUUGAUCUCUUCCUGGACCUGGAGAAGACGAAAACUUUUCAGGCCUCGGCCAAGGGGGUCCCUGAGGCACAGUGCUGCGAGGGGGCAGAGCCGGCCGCAGAGGACUCGAUCCUGAGUGACAUCGACUUGGGGGUGGCGCCGGAGGUGCUGGAGGUGGUGCGCACCGUGCUGCAGAGCUGCGUGCCCGGGGUCCACCGUGUGCAGGCCGUGCCCAGUGCUAGGCGCCCUGUUGUCAAGUUCAGCCACAAGGACUCGGGGCUGUGCGGCGACAUCUCCCUCAACAACCGGCUGGGUCUGUGCAACACGCAGUUCCUGCAGCUCUGCACUGAGGCUGACGAGCGAGUGCGACCGCUGGUCUACGUGCUGCGCUACUGGGCCAAGCAGCAGGGCCUGGCGGGUAACCCUCAUGGAGGCGGCCCACUCUUCACCAACUAUGCCCUGACGCUGCUGGUGAUCUUCUUCCUGCAGACGCGCUCCCCACCCAUCCUGCCCACUGUGGCCCGUCUCCAGCAGCUGGCAGGGGAUGAGGAGCGGAUGGUCGUGGACGGGUGGGACUGCAGUUUCCCCCGGGACGCGGCACGGCUGGAGCCCAACACCAACACAGAGAGCCUGUGCGUCCUUCUGGCCGACUUCUUCCGGGAGUUCGGGGAACAGGAGCUUUCAGGUCACGUGAUCUCCCUGUGCGAGGGCCGGGUGCUGCCCCUGGAGGCAGUGGCGGGUGCGGGGCUGCGCCUGGGCCCUGUCACCCUGCAGGACCCCUUCGAGCGCAGCCACAACGUGGCCACCAACGUCACGGAGCGCAUGGCCCAGCGCCUGCGGGUCUGCUGCACCCGGGCCGCCAAGUACUGCCGCAGCCUGCAGUACCAGCGCAAGUCUGCCAAGGGCCGGCCCUGGGGCCUGGUGCGCCUCUUCCAGCCUGAGGCUGGUGAGCUGGACUCUGACGGGCUGCUCCUCGCCUUGCCCUUGGCCCCGGCUGCCCGUCGGCGUGAGCUGGGCCUAGAUCCCAGCUCCCGGCAGAGCUGGUUUGGGCACGUGUGCGCUGGCGUUGCCUUUGUGCUCAGAGACGUCUUAAAGUGCAGUUGCACGGAGCUCCAGCGUCAGCCCCUUGGACAUGCAGAGCAGCUCCUGGAGCCCCCCGGGGCAUCCCUUCAGCAGGGGGAGACGGGGGAGCCCCCAACCUCCCCAGCCCAGCAGCCGGCAGCCCCCAGGGAGCCUGUGGAUGCCCCCAGGGAGCUUGUGGAUGCCCCCAGCGCCCCAGGAACGCCACCGGCUGCUGGGCUCAAGCGCCCCCUGAGCGAAGAGGAGGGGAUCCCCAGCCCUGUCUCCGUCUCCCCUGCCCGGAAGAGGCCGCGAGCAGAGGCCCUGGAAGAAGCAGGGGCUGUGAGCUGGAGCUGCGCCCUGUGGCACCGGGUGUGGGUGGGCCGGCGCCGGGUGCGGCGGCAGCUGCGGCCCCAGCACAGCAGUCCCCUGGCAGAGGCCGGCACCGAGCAGGAGGCCGCACGGUCCCUGGAGCUGGAGGAGAAGGUGUCGGCGGCCAUUGCCCGGCAGGAGGCAAGCGGGGAGCCGCUGCUGCAGUUCACAGCCUGCGCCCGCCUGGACGCCCAGGCCAGCCUGCGCUUCACGCCUGCCCCCCAGCACGCCACGCUCUUCCAGGACUUCUACCACUUCCUGCACAGCUUCCUGCCCACCAUGCUCCAGCGCUACCUCAGCCGCGUGGGGGAGGCCAGCCCGGAGCCAGGGCCAGUGCCUAGGACAGAGCUAGACCUAGAGCCAGGCCCCCCCCGCCCAGUCCAGCCUGGGGCUGAGGCAGACCCCCAGUGAGCGACUCAGCUGCGUGGGCUCAGGACGCUGGGACGCUGCCCUGCUGUGUGCGCGCCGCCUCCAGCUGGGGGGAGAAUAAAGGUCCCGCUCUUGUGUCCCAA